UUCAGGUUGGAAUAAAGAAUUAAGAGGUUUAAAACUAUCUAUUUUGUAUAAAAAUACAAGUUAUAGACUCAGGAUAGAAAGUUUGUUGACAAGAUUACUGAUCUAUCGGUAGCACAUGUCUGGAGUGCUGUGAAUAAUGGAAAUUAUGGAAUAAUUAUGGAAACUCUAUGAGCUUUUCUCCUGAUAAUAUAGAUAACUUGUUUCAUUAGACUGAACAGUAGAGCUAUAUCGUUACACUUCCAGGGUUAUAUAUUGUUCUUUCUCAAAGAGAGAUUAGAACGAGGGAUGAGGGUUUCACUUCCAUUAAUGAUAAGCCAUGGCAGAGAAAAACUAGCUUGAAUAGUUUCAUAAAUAGAUGCUGCAGAGUUACACAACAUAUUACUGAGUUUCCCAAAUGGUCUCACUGUGUGCAUUUGUGUGUAAGAAAGAGGGAUAGAUAGAUAGAUAGAUAGAUAGAUAGAUAGAUAGAUAGAUAGAUAGAUAGAUAGAUAGAUAGAUAGAGAGAGAGAGAGAGAGAGAGAGAGAAAGAGAGAGAGAGAGAGAGAGAGAGAGAGAGAGAGAGAGAGAGAGAGAGAGAGAGAGAGAGAGAGAAAGAGAACAUGUAAUAAAAUUAAAAACAGUAAUUAAUAUUCAAAGCAGAGAAAAUAGCAAGGGUUUUAUAGAUACUGCCUGAAGAGGAAGGUCACUAUAUGUUUAUGGAAGAAAUAAAGACACAAGAUGACUCUCUUUCCACUAUUUGUUUGUAAUGCUCGGGGGUCGUCGUUGACAUUGUCCCUUCUGGUGGUCACAUGCUCUGGAAUAUGCUGCCUUUGUCAGGCUCUAUGCCCUGUUUUGCUUUUCUGGCACUUUCAUACAAUGACGUCCACAUACACUGUUAUGUUAGCAGUCCUACACUGACUGCAAGUUCAAGUCUGCGGUCAUGUCCCUGUAGCUGACACACAUGGUAAAGACACUACCAUCUUGACAUAGGACUUGGAUGUAAUGCAGGAAGCCUCAGAAAUCAUAUUCAAAAGGUGACUAGGGCUUGCUUCAUUAGGAUUGUUCCUUGGUGUGAGCAUGUCUUUGAGGGCAGAUUCCUCUCAGUGUGGCGGUUAUAUGGGGGAAAAUGAGAACAAUGACAUCAAAGAGUCAAGGGAAAAGAAAAGCAGUGGUAAAUCAGGAUCAGCGCUUAGCUACCUCACAGGCCCCAAGUUCCUCAUAUAUGUCAGUGGAGCAUUGUCAAUGUGGGGUGAUCGUAUGUGGCACUUUGCCAUCUCAGUCUUUCUGAUUGAGUUGUAUGGACAUAACUUACUGCUAACUGCCAUCUUUGGAUUAGUGGUGGCUGGUUCUGUGCUUUUAUUAGGUGCUCUUAUUGGAGACUGGGUGGACCGUAACCCAAGAAACAAAGUGGCUCAUGCAUCCUUGUUUAUUCAGAACAUCUCAGUGACAGUCUGUAGUAUCAUUCUUAUGUUGAUAUUCUCAUAUAAAAACUGGAUUGAGCAAAUCUGGGACGGUUGGUUAACUGUGGUUUGUUAUACGGUGGUGAUCGUCCUAGCAGAUGUGGCGAAUCUCGCCAGCACGGCCCUUAACAUUGCCAUCCACAGAGACUGGAUAGUGGUCAUAACCGGUUACAAUCGUGGCCACCUAGCAGGGAUGAAUGCCACCAUGCGACGUAUAGACCAAGUGAUCAACAUUUUGGCUCCACUGGCUGUGGGUCAGGUUAUGACCCUUGCCUCAAAUGUGGUGGGAUGUGGCUUUAUCCUGGGCUGGAAUCUGGUCUCCUUGAUUGUGGAGUUUGUCUUCCUCUCUAGAGUGUAUCGCAUUGUACCAGCACUUUCAGUCAAACUGCCCAUACUACAUGAGCAGUGUUAUAUGGAGAGGAGGAGAGAAAGAAAGAGUUCACAAAGUGAGAGUUCAUUAAGGCAGACAGAGUCCUUGCCUGAGGACUCCAGGGGUCUGCAAUUGAAGAGGAGUACCAGCCUUCCACCAUUUCUGCAACAUCUGCACAGGCUCUUUGACACAUGCAUGGAAGGCUGGAGAGCUUAUUACAGGCAGCCUGUGUUCCUGGCAGGUUUGGGAAUGGCUUUCCUUUACACCACUGUGCUGGGCUUUGACUGCAUCACCACAGGUUAUGCAUAUACACAAGGUAUCAGCGGAUCCCUUCUCAGCUUGCUCAUGGGCGUCUCCGCCAUGGCUGGAUUGCUGGGUACGAUUGUGUUUACGAAUCUCCGCAAAGUCUAUGGUCUGAUCAAAACAGGUAUGAUCUCCAGCUGCCUGCAUCUGUCCUGUCUGCUGUUGUGUGUGUGCUCUGUGUUCGCACCAGGCAGCCCUAUGGACCUUGGCAUGUUAAAAGUGUCUAAUGCCUCACAAAUGGGAGGGAUGAAUGGUGGAGGACACAGCAGACAUGGAUACAUGAUGCAGUGGGGCAACAAUCAGCCUCUGCUGCCUGACCGCUCCUCAAUCCACUGGACAAACAAUACAGUUUUGUUUGAUAAUGCACCAACAGGGCCAGCACCUGAGUCUUAUGUGUCCAUUUCCCUGCUGUUCCUAGGAGUCAUCACAGCACGAAUUGGUCUGUGGUCAUUUGACCUGACAGUAACUCAGCUACUGCAGGAAAACAUCUGUGAGUCUGAGCGUGGCAUUGUAAAUGGAGUCCAGAGCUCAAUGAACUACAUGAUGGAUUUGCUACACUUCCUCAUGGUGAUGUCUGCACCGCAGCCACAACAUUUUGGUAUUCUUGUCAUCAUCUCUGUGUUGUUCAUUACUGCAGGACACAUCAUGUACUUCUUGUAUGCUCGGAAGGCAUUUCAAGGAAACAGUGCCUCGAUACGUAAAUCACCGUUGUGUGUAACACAAAGCUGCAGACUCUGAAAUAUAUGUGUACCAUGCAUGCUGCAGCGAAUCCUGAACUAAUACAGCUGUCUCAAUGACAAUUCAGUUAAUCUCCAUACAUCUCCAUAUCCAGCUGCCGGCCAUUUUUAGUUGUUCAGCCAUAGCAACCCCUGCUAUGGGGAAUCAAAGACGGGAAACACUACCACCUACUGGAGGUUGGUGGAAGCACCUGUAAUUUUGUGAAACUUUCUUACACAAACAUAUACAGUAUAAUACACAAACAUAUAUAAUAUCAGGACGAAUGGCAGAAUGAUAAAGGAAUUCACAGUGAAUAAAUAGGAUGUCAUCUGAAAUGGACCUGUGACUCAACCUCACGUGUUUGAACAGAUGACCAAUAAAUGCAGAUAUUGAACGUUUCUACCAGCUCUUUCUCUCACUUGUGUUUUAUUCUUGUGAAGGAGGUUUGUAUGCAUCCAACAGUCCAACAUGCCUCCAACAAUGUUUAUACAACAGUCCACUCAUCUCGCUUCAAGUGAUGUGUUUCUUCUUACCUCAACACCCAACUCUUAUGAUUAGGACACAUUAGCAUACAUUUCAAUUUACAUUAUUUUGCAUAACAGUCAUUAACAGAAACUCCAUGUAUAUAGAAAUAAUGUAUGCUGUACAUGAAAACAAUAUAGUUGUGUGGAAUUAACUUGUCUAAAACCUACCUGAAACCUUCUGAUGUCCAAAAUCUAGCAAUUAAAACUGAAAUUUAAAAAAGGAAUUGCAAUGUCUAUGCGCCUUUUUUUUUUUUUUUGCCAUAUGACCUUGCCAACAGAGCUUUUAGACUGAUGGUUUUCUUGGUGCAUAACCUAGUAAUCCAGUAUCAUGUAUACAUUGAUAGAGACUUAAAAGCAGUCUGAAUAAAAGCGUUAGCCAAAUGCCAUUAAAGUAAAUGUAAUACUUGACUAAUAAAUGACUA